CCUCCCCCUCCACACCUGCGGUCUGCAGAGCCGUCCAGGUGUGGGCUCGCUCUUCAGCCCGCUUCAGAUCACAUCAGCCACCCGACCGCUGACCAAGCAUCCCCGCAGAAGGUUCUGGAGGCGGACCGGCCCGGGCGCCGCCUCAGACCCCCGGCCCCUAGACCCCCGGCCCCUAGACCCCUGGCCCCUAGACCCCCGGCCCCUAGAGCCUCGGCCCCUAGACCCUCGGCCCCUAGACCCUCGGCCCCUAGACCCCCGGCCCCUAGACCCCCGGCCUCAGACCCCCGGCCCCUAGACCCUCGGCCCCUAGACCCCCGGCCCCUAGACCCCUGGCCCCUAGACCCCCGGCCCCUAGAGCCUCGGCCCCUAGACCCCCGGCCCCUAGACCCUCGGCCCCUAGACCCCCGGCCCCUAGACCCUCGGCCCCUAGACCCCCGGCCCCUAGACCCCCGGCCCCUAGACCCCCGGCCCCUAGACCCUCGGCCCCUAGACCCCCGGCCUCAGACCCCCGGCCUCAGACCCCCGGCCCCUAGACCCCCGGCCCCUAGACCCUCGGCCCCUAGACCCUCGGCCCCUAGACCCCCGGCCCCUAGACCCUCGGCCCCUAGACCCCCGGCCCCUAGACCCUCGGCCCCUAGACCCGCGGCCCCUAGACCCCCGGCCCCUAGAGCCUCGGCCCCUAGACCCCCGGCCUCAGACCCCCGGCCCCUAGACCCCCGGCCCCUAGACCCCCGGCCUCAGACCCCCGGCCUCAGACGCCCGGCCUCAGACGCCCGGCCUCAGAGCCCCGGGGACCCCCCCCCCCCCGGGUCACACAGCUGCAGCUGUCUCUGUGCCCUCUAA